AUGACGAUGGAAGCUACCCGUUGGCUGGGUACUGUCAAUUCCACAAUUCCUCUGUUUCCUCUCCUCCCAAACCUCACAACUACUAGUCUGCUGGAUGUUGAUCAAGCAUUUGUCCAGAAUGAAGAAUUAGACAUAAGUGAACGGAUCAGAAUAUUAAUCUUCGGACGAAAUAAUUUAAUAUAA